AUGGUCACCACCACGGGCGAAGGCUCGAUGUACACCGUGGAGUCGGCGCAGCGGGCGAUGCAGGGCUCAGUGCAGCUGCUUGCAAGGGGGCUUUGCCUCCUGCACCGAGAGAUGUCUUGCUGCAGACCCUGUCCCCCACGGCCCUGCGGCCCCUGUGGCCCAACCCCCCUUGCAAGCAGCUGCACUGAGCCCUGCCUCGCCCGCUGCGCCGACUCCACGGUGUACAUCGAGCCUUCGCCCGUGGUGGUGACCAUGCCGGGCCCCAUCCUCACCUCUUUCCCUCAGAGCACAGCCGUGGGAUCCUCUCUGUCAGCUGCUGUGGGCAGCUCCCUCAGCACCGCGGGGGUUCCCAUCUCUUCUGGGGGCUCCCUUGGCCUGGGGGCGUCAGGCCUGUGUCUGCCUCUCUCCCGCUGCGGGCAGAUCUGCUGA